ACUUUUUUGAGAGUAUGGCUGUCUAUUUUGCUUGAAAGCGUAAGGGGGCGUAGCUUAUGUUUGCGUCUUGCGUCAUGAACAAUGGGCGUUGCAGGAGGCGUUUCUGUGUGUGGCUCAUCUCCACCCGUUGUGUUCAAUGUAUCGGACGGUUCCCAUUGAAAACUGCUACUUAGUAGUACGGAGGGGGUGUGGACCAGGAAUUAACGCAAACAAGACACAACAUUGCCAGCAUUUCAGACUACGAAACUGUAGUAUUUACAAAGACUGAGUUGAAAAUUUCGCUUGAUUGUCAUACCGCCGACGCUCCGAGGACGCGGGGGAAGUAGGAGCGCUCAUCUGGGAAGCAACUGAGAAAAGUAUCGUAACUAGCAGCUCACGCGGCCACAGGUAGUUCCGACGGCUGAUAUCAAAGUGCAUGUCAUGCGGAUAGCUCCGGACGGAGAUCGAUCUGUGUGUCUCCGCUGCUAGCUCUCCGUGGACCUCGCACCUCGCUGCCGUACACCAGGGAACAAGGCACAGCCAUGUCUCGAAGAAAGCAGAGCAAGCCCCGGCAGAUCAAACGGUCCAUAGGUGACCUAGACACAGGUGAUGAGAACCCGCCGGACGACUUGAGCCUGUCGGGGGACGAGGGGGGGGCGUCGGACCUGGAGGACUCAGCAGAGCUGGACGGAUGCAGCCCCCCCUCCCUCACACCACUCGCCACCGAAGGACCCAGGACACAGGACGGCCUCCUAGGACCUGAGGAAGAGGAGGAGGAGGAGGAAGAAGAGGAGGACAGGGGCCCGACACACAGUGCAGAGGAAGAGGAGGACAUGGAGAUGGAGAUGGAGAUGGAGGCAGAGGGAGACGGAGAGAGUCACUGGAUGGGCCCAGAUGAGCUGGAGCUGAGUGAAGAUGCGGAUGGCUUUAAGGUCUUGGCGGCCAGAGACCUCCCAGCAGACACUCUCUGGGGCCCUUAUCCAGGAGCCGUCCAAUCAGAAGAGUCCAGCGACGCAGUGUCAACCAAUGAGGUCCCCAUACUGACGCUCAUGUGUUUGGACGUCCACUGUUGGCUCAGCAAAGUGCCAGUGGCCCUGGAGCCCUCAGAGGCCAACUGCAGCAUCUACAGCCAAGGAGAGGAGCUGUACUGUAAGAUGACGAGGGAGGUGUGUCUUGGGGGGUCCCUGGUGGCGAGCCUGUCGUGCCCCCCCCUGCUGAAGACGGUGGCCACGCAGUCCCAGGGUGCACCUGUGAAAGAGGAGCCGGCGUCGCCGUACCCGGCGGCCCUGCACUCCGAGAUACAACUGCUCCCGCAGCAGGCAGGCAUGGCGGCCAUCUUGGCAACAGCCGUCGUCAACAAGGACAUCUUCCCCUGUAAGGACUGUGGCAUCUGGUACCGUAGCGAGCGUAACCUGCACGCCCACCUGAUGUACUACUGUGCCAGUCGUCAGAAGGUGCCGUCCCAGGAGGCCUCCGCGUCGCCGCCCCAGGACAGCAAGGGGGGCAGCAAGGAGUCCUACCCCAACGAGCGCGUCUGCCCCUUCCCCCAGUGCCAAAAGAGCUGCCCCAGCGCCAGCUCACUGGAGAUACACAUGCGCACACACAGUGGCGAGCGUCCCUUCAUGUGUCUGAUCUGCCUGUCGGCGUUCACCACCAAGGCCAACUGCGAGCGUCACCUGAAGGUGCACACGGACACGCUGAGCGGCGUGUGCCACGGCUGCGGCUUCGUGUCCACCACCCGGGACAUCCUGUACAGCCACCUGGUCACCAGCCACAUGGCGUGCCAGCCGGGGGGGCGCCCCGAGGUCUACUCCCCAGGCCCGGGUGCUGCGAAGCUCCCCAUAGCGGCCGGCCUGAGCCCAGGGGAUUCUGGGAUCGUUCUGAAGUGCCAGGUGUGCGGGGCGGCAGCCGACACGCCCGCCCUCCUGCAGCAGCACGUCCGCACCCACCUGGAGGAGCGCAUGCACUCCGAGCACAGUCCCACGCCACGUCAGGCAGCCAACCACUCCAACACCACCACCACAAACAUCACCUCCACCUCCUCUACCACCUCCUCCUCCUCUUCCUCCUCCUCAACACACCACCACCACCAUCACCACCACCACCACCUCCAGGACCGGGAGUUAGCCACCGGCAUGCCCAGGCCCAACUCCUCUAGUCCGGGCACCAACGGGGACUCUGCCACCCCCUGUGGAGGGUGUUCUCCUCCAGACGGUGUUGUUGGCGUUCGUGUCAAAGAGGAGCCCCAGUCGGAUGUGGAGCACGAUGCCGCAGGCUCGGAGAGGGACGCGGGCGAAGACGACCGGGUAGGAGGAGGAGGAGGAGGAGGAGCAGGAGUCGGCACGGCUCAACAUCAUCACCACGGAGACCAUCACCGUGGCAGCAGCAGCGGCGGCGGCGGUGACAGCAGUUCCUCGCAGAAGUCCACCUCCCCGAAAAGCCCGGCGGGGGGCGUGGCAGCCGUCAAGGCCGAGCCCACCAGCCCCACCCCCGGCUGCAGCCCCGCCCACUCCAGCCCCGGAGGCUCCACCCUGCCCGGCGGCGCCGUCUUCCUGCCGCAGUACGUCUUCGGCUCCGAGGCUUCGGCCGCCAUGAUGCCGCAGGCCUCCGAGAUCCUGGCCAAGAUGUCGGAGAUGGUGCACAGCCGGCUGAAGCAGGGCCACGGCCAGCUGGCGGCCACGGCGGCAGCAGCAGCAGCGGUGGCGGCAGCAGCAGCUGCGGCUCAGGCUCAGCAGGGCGGCUUCUUCCCGGCAGGCUCGCCAACAGCCACCACCGCCGGCCCUCCUCCUACCGCCCAGGUCCACAAGGGGGCGACGUGCUUCGAGUGUGACAUCACCUUCAACAACAUCAACAACUUCUACGUGCACAAGCGGCUCUACUGCUCCAGCAGGCAUCACCAAGGGGAACGGGAGCAGCAGCCCAAAGAUGGCACCUCUAACCCUCCGUCCGCCUCUGCCUCCGCCUUGGCCUCGGCCUCGGCCGCUGCCGCUUCUCCCAUCUCCGGCUCCGGUGGAGCGUCGGGGGGCAGCCGAGCGGCCUCAGCCUCCCCUAACGACACCGAGUCGGCCACAGUUGGUGGGGGGGCGGAGGUAAAGAGCGAGCCCCGUAGUGGAGGCUCCAGGGAACCGGGAUGCUCCUCGUCCUCAGAGGGCGAAGGCUGUGGAGGAGCCAGGAGUGUCGGGGGUCGGGCCAGCGAGGGCAGCCAAAGCCCGGGCAGUGGCGUUGGGUCCGGUGCUGGUUCUGGUGCUGGCGCUACCACCUCCGCAACAGGUGCCGCCGCCGGCGUUCCUGGCUCCGUAACCCCGGACGACGACAUUGGCGAGGACGACCCCACGCGCACCUUCUGCGUGGCCUGCAACAUCCGCUUCAGUCGCCACGACAACUACCUGGUGCACAAGCGUUUCUACUGCGCCUCGCGCCACGACCCCACGCAGCAGCGCGUGCCGCCCGCCGCCAAGACCAACGCCUUCAUGCCGCAGCCCAUCCGCACCCGCAAGCGCAAGAAGAUGUACGAGAUCCACAUGGCGCGCACCCAAGCGCUGGCCGCCGGCGCCCAAGCCAUGGCCCAAGCCCAGGCUGCCGCUGCUGGCAUGCACUCCAUCAAACAGGAAGUGACGUCAGCGGGCACUUUCUCUGCUAACGCCUCGUCGGGAGGAACCGCAGCCGUCGUAGCGAUGGCGAUGCCAGCGAAGUCUCGCAGCACCAGUCCGGAAGGCGAAGGGCCUAUCGAUCUGAGCAAGAGGCCGCGGGUGCGAGGAGCGUCGCGAGGAGGAGCAGGAGCCGUAACAGGAACAGGAAGUGGGGGAGGAGGAGGAGGACUUCCUGUCCUGCCGCUGUCCGACUACCACAAGUGCACCGCCUGCAGCAUCAGCUUCAACAGCAUCGAGAACUACCUGGCGCACAAGACCUACUACUGCCCGGCCACCACCCUGCAGCCCCACACCCUGGAGCAGCUGCAGCGGCUCAAGAGGCCCGCCUCCACCUCCCCCAAGAGCCUCCACUCCCACCCACACCCCCACCCCCAAGAGGGGCCUCUGCCGCCCAAGGUGGCCGCCAUGGGGAAGGCGUCUCUGGGCGCCGCCGUGCCGGGAACCCCCCUGCCCUCCCACCCUGGUUCCUCUGAGGUCGCCUGCGUUACUCCGCUACACGCGGCGGCCCACUCGGCCAAACAAGGACCCCCCGUCGUCACACCCGGUUUUCCUGUGCUACAUCCGCCAGCAGGGGGAGCUCCAGUGGUGUGUCCCUACUGCCCCCCGGGCCGGGCACUGACCACUGACCUGGUGGAGCACUUGCGCGUGACUCAUGGCCUGGUGCUCUCCAUGCAGCAAGGGGAGGGGGGAGUGAUGACGACGACGACGACGACGGCGGCGGUGGCUUCCGCAGCGUCCGCGACAGGUGCACCUCCAGUCAGCCCCAGUUCUAGCGUCAGUCCCCGAGACACCACUGGAGCCACUAGCAUGUCCCCCCGACCCAGCCCGCGUUCCCGCAGGGACAGCAUCAACGGCGGGCCACGCAGCAGGGACCCCCCGGGUUCCCCUCACUCUCCACUAGUCAACGGAAGCCCUGGAGGUGCGAGCACUAGCGGUCACAGCAGUGGGGGCAUUUCUCCCAAAUCUGCCCCCCAGGCCCUGUCCCCCCCUGCUGGGGCUCUCCAGCUGACUGUCUCGUCCCCCUCUCCUGUGGACACUCAUCUCAGAGAUGCCCCGCUCACGCCCCCCGAAAAGCCUCUUCCCUUGGGCGCGGUCCUGACUCCGGUGGCUGUGGCUAAGGCUGUGGCUGCGUCGGGGGCGGUGGCGGGUGUUGGGCCGAUGGGGGCUUCCACGCCCAACGUGGCGGCGUCCAUGCAGAAUGGCAACACGCGCUACUGCCGCCUCUGCAACAUCAAGUUCAGCAGCCUCUCCACCUUCAUCGCCCACAAGAAGUACUACUGCUCGUCCCACAGUGCGGAGCAUGUCAAGUGAGAACCCACCGCCCCCUCUCCUCUCCCCAGACCUUAUGCCCAUACCACACCUCCCAUCCCCAGUCAGACUUUUACGCCCCUCAAAAAACCCUACAACUCCAUCCCCUGAGACGGACAGUGCGCCCAAACUUCUAACCCCAACCCAAACUCAAACUCUGAGCCCCUUCAUAAACCUAAGACGCCCUCCCUUAUCCUAUCCUUUCUAUCUUUUCUGUCCUCCCCCAGCGUACCGGGCACCCAAGCCACGCCCUCUACUUCCUGACCAUGGGUAGGUGAACGGGGCGAGUCGCGGUGAAUAUGUGGUGCAUAAGUGGAUUUUAAAGACUUGGAUUGGCGUCGUAAGGCCACUCAUUUCAAGCCCAGUCAUUUUGUAUUGACUCCCCUGGCCCCAUGAGGCGACAGCAAGGGGUGGAGACUCAGGCACCCCAUCUUGCCUCUCAGACAGUGCUCUCAUCACGCCCUCCUGCUCUGUUGGACCGGUCAAAGAGCCUGGCAACACGCAGCAGGAGUAGGACUGUUACUCGCUCUUCUGAGUGAUCUGAAGGGUGUAUGUAUGUGGGUGGGAGGGAAGGUUAGCGUUUGACCUAGCGUACCCUUACCCACCGCUAUCCCAUUUCCUUUGAUGUGUCGCUGGUGUUGUUACUAUGGUGACUGUUUUUUGACAUUCAUUCAUGUCCUUGUUUUUUUUUCCUUUUAUGGGUCAACUUUGUAUUACACUAAUUGAGAGAAGAAGAUAUGCUACCUGUUAAGUCACAUUCUCACAUACAUCAUUGCGUGGCGGAUACUCCAGUCUCGUUGUUGCAUUGUAUUAGAAACUGAAAUGUGGACCUGUGUGAAGUCUAAUCUACUAGGUGUCCUUGCGGGUCACUCAGUAAGACUUGUUUGAGUCACUGAGACUGUGUGUGCAUUCCAAUUUGCAGACUCCCGUCCUCCCUUGCUUACUUGCCUCCUUACGUGUCCAGACAUGUAUUUCAAUAUCUUGCAAAAGCUCAAUUCUUAUGUCAUUUUUUCAUUUGCAAACGGGAUGGUGAAUGAAGAAUAGUCCCCCAAAAGUUGUUGUGUUUAGGCCGACAGCUGGGAAACUUUGUUUUUCCAUGGAGGCCGGGCAUCAGUGAAACGCGAGGCCACAAGCACAACCCGAGGACAGGAGUCCACAUAUUGGGAUCCACCCUGCGCGAUCUUAUCGGCCAUUUUGUUUCGUUAUGAAAGCAGCACCUGUCCAUGAUGUGACCCACUGUUUUAACCUGACCUUAUGUGGCCACCCUGCCCCCCAGUGGCGGGAAGGGCAUACUGCUCUUUGGUCCUGGUGGCUUUGUACAGGUAUAUGAUGUCUGCGCCACAUGAUUUCUUGAUUUUUUUUAUUUUUUGAAAACUACAGUUUUAAAGUUGAAGUGAAACUCUCUUUUUGCCGAAGUGCAGAAUUAGAACAGUUAAUGAAGGCUAUCGAUAAUGAUGAAAUAUCACUAAAAAGAAAAAAGAAAUAUUUCCUUGUAUGGGUAAAUGUAAAAUAUUUAUCUUUCAGUCCUUACUGAUUUCAAGUCAAACAAAUACUACCUAAACAUCUUUGACAGAACAUAUAUAUAUAUUUGUAUUUUUAUUUGUACAUUUUUAUUUGAUACUGUGGAAAAAGGAACCAUUUCAACAUCGAUUCAAGUGUGUUAAAAACAGAAGAAAGAUAAGUGGGUCCUUUUAUGUUCGUUCAUUUGGAAGUGUAAAUCUCUAAACUACCUGUAUGUUCCCAGCAACCAGAGGGACUUAGCCACUCCUGACCGGUAGUGGAGGAGUGUGCAGAUCCUUAGUCCUUAACUGGUUUCUGUGAGACCUGAGGCCGUGUGUGUGUGAGUGAGCGUGCGUGCGUGUGUGUGUGUGUGUGUGCGUGUGUGUGUGUGAGAGAGUGCGCGCGCGUGCGUGCGUGUAUGAAUGAAAGGCCUUUUCUCUCAGUAUUUGGUCAUGUGUCCUGGUGAGGACCAAACCUUGCGUCCCUUUUCUUAAAAAAAAGAGAAAAAGAAAAAAAAAACAGCCAGUGUGGGGGCAAACGUCAAUGUGAUCACAGACCUGCAAUGUUUGGACUUGCACUGGUGUGGGAGUUCUGUGUUGUUUAUUUGAGUGUUCCGUUUUUUUGUGUUUGAGUUUUAAUUCUGUCUCUUGUACCCCCUUACCCCGUUAUGAAAAUGAAGCAUAAUAUGAAUCCAACACUGGCAAAUCUGAACUAAGGAGGAUUGAUGGCUAUGUCAGCCCCCUCCCCCCCAGCCUCCCCCCUGUACAUUUCUCUCUGCUCCUCCACUCACACGUUGCCAGUUUACAGUCAGGUGGUCAGCCACUGAAUUGAAAAGCGUCACGCAAUCCUUCCUCGCAAACCUGGCUAACCUGACAAAAGCCUUAACAAUGACUCCUUUCCGCACACACACACACACACACACACACACACACACACACACACACACACACACACACACACACACACACACACACACACACACACAACCCAGAUGAUGGGCUACUUCCCUCCCAUGCGUCCAAUCACAGAUGCCCACCAAGUGGACUUCCUGUUCGUUACUCACGGUGUCAACUCACCUCACCCCAGCCCCUCACCCACCACCGACUCCAUCACAAGUCUGUUCUCCUGUGUUACAAAAACAAAUAAAACAAAGCCGCCAACGGACGGACGGACCCAGCAAUCCUUGUGCUUGAAAACUGGAAACGAAACAUGAGAUGUUUUAUCCUUGUGGACACAUGAUGGAGGACAUUGGGAGAGGAGUGCAGAGUGGGAGGGGGAGGGGGUGUCUUUGCUGUUUGUGGUGUUUUGAGCGGUGCUGUAUGUAUUAGUCACAUGGCCCCCCACCCCCACCCCCAUCCACCCCUUAGGGAGUGUUUACAGUCUAUGUGAGUCCUCACUGUUCCUCAACCUGGAGUGUUUUUUUUUUCUUCUUCUUCUUCCUGUUAAAACUCAUGGCGAUCGAUCGGCUGAAACCAGUGCUGAAGGAAUGCUAUUUCAACUACUCGAAUGGAUCCUCCUCCUAUUGCACUGUGUUGUACAAAAGAAAAUGCUGUAAGUUUUUAGUUUUUAGAUGCUUUUUUGUACGGUAUUUAUGUUUUUACAGCACUUUCCCUUGUCCACACCCAUCACCCCUCUGGAGGACACUGAUUGAUUGAUUGAUUGAUUGAUUGAUUGAUUGAUUGAUUGAUUGAUUGAUCAACAAAUUUUAAACACAAACUAACAUUCAUUGAAAUAUUUUGUGAAUAAUAAUGUCGAUGACACAAAAAAUAAGAAUGGCAAUUCCUGUUUCCUUUCUUUCUUUUCUUUUGUUUUUGAAGACAAAAAACGUACAGUAACACAUCAACGAAAAAAAGGUUCCACUACACAGCUGUCCAAACUAUGCAUGGGAAAUAAAGGUUCCGCAGGGACAUUUUAAAGGGC